AAACCACUAGAGUUGAGCAGCGGCUCCAGCUGGGAAAGAGGGUGGGCUGCGGGGCCCAAGAGAAGGCAGUAAUCCAAAGUAGAGAAGCACGGUAGAGACAGAUAGCCCUGGGGAUUUAAAAGAAAAAAAGGCAUUGAACAGCAACGGGAUAGUCAUUUCCCGCCAUCUGCCCAGAUCCCCAAAGACUGGAAGCCCCGCCCUCUCAAGAUCUCAGUUCCGGUUCUCCAUGGUGAUGGUCGUAAUUCAUAAUCGGAAGUGUCGAAGGCCGUAGAUCAUUGGCGGAAGUAGCUUGGUACGUCGCAAAAGUGAGGUGCGACACUUCCGGCCGGCUUCUGUCUCUGGCGCGGGGAGGAAUCGUGAUCUUCCCGAGGACGUUCUCCGGCUCCGGAGCCAUGGAGCUGCCGCUGCCGCCUGACGACCAGGAGCUGCGGAAUGUCAUCGACAAGCUGGCCCAGUUCGUGGCCCGCAACGGGCCAGAGUUCGAGAAGAUGACGAUGGAGAAACAGAAAGACAACCCCAAAUUCUCCUUCCUCUUCGGAGGCGAGUUCUACAACUACUACAAGUGCAAGUUGGCCCUGGAGCAGCAGCAGCUGAUAUGCAAACAGCAGACCCCAGAACUUGAACCUGCUGCCCAGAUACAGCCCUUGCCACAGCCUUUGCCACAGCCCUCCUUACCACCAGCUCCAACCAUCAAUCCCUCUCAGGGAGCCCCUUCUAUGGAAGAACUCAUUCAGCAGAGCCAGUGGAACCUACAGCAGCAGGAACAGCAUCUUCUAGCCAUGAGACAGGAGCAAGUUACAUCUGCAAUAGCCCAUGCAGUGGAGCAGCAGAUGCAGAAACUACUGGAGGAAACCCAGCUGGACAUGAAUGAAUUUGAUAACCUGCUACAACCAAUAAUUGAUACGUGUACCAAAGAUGCAAUCUCUGCGGGAAAGAAUUGGAUGUUUAGUAAUGCCAAGACUCCUCCCCACUGUGAGCUGAUGGCUGGCCACCUUCGAAAUCGGAUCACUGCUGAUGGAGCACAUUUUGAGCUGCGAUUGCAUUUGAUUUACCUGAUCAAUGAUGUUUUGCAUCACUGCCAACGGAAGCAGGCAAGGGAUUUAUUGGCUGCCCUGCAGAAAGUGGUGGUUCCCAUUUACUGUACCAGCUUCUUAGCUGUGGAAGAAGAUAAACAGCAGAAAAUUGCCCGGCUCCUCCAGUUGUGGGAGAAGAAUGGUUACUUUGAUGAGUCAAUUAUCCAACAAUUGCAGAGCCCAGCCCUUGGGCUUGGACAGUACCAGGCAACACUGAUCAUUGAAUAUGCAGCUGUGGUACAGCCAGUUCAGAUGGCCUUCCAACAACAGAUACAGACCUUGAAGACUCAACAUGAGGAGUUUGUUAACAGCUUAGCUCAGCAGCAACAGCAGCAGCAACAGCAGCAGCAGCAACAGCAGCAACAGCAGCAGCAGCCACCCCCACAGCAGAUCCAGAUCCCACCCAUGGAAAGCGAAGUGAAAUCCACACCUCCCCCACCUGCCCCACCUCCAGCGCCCACACCUGCACCCUCUGCCCCUCCAACCACACAACCAGAUGACAACAAACCUCCCAUCCCAAUGCCAGGUUCUUCUGAAUAUGAUGCUUCAGGGGGAGGCGUACAAGACCCUGCUGCAGCCCCUGGUCCAAGAGGACCUGGGCCCCAUGAGCCCAUUCCUCCCAAUAAACCUCCUUGGUUUGACCAACCUCAUCCUGUUGCUCCCUGGGGCCAACAACAGCCUCCUGACCAGCCUCCUUACCCUCACCACCAGGGACCUCCUCACUGUCCUCCGUGGAACAACAACCAUGAAGGAAUGUGGAAUGAACAGAGAGAUCCAGGGUGGAACAAUCAGCGAGACCCUCCAUGGAACAACCAACCAGACCCUAACUGGAAUAAUCAAUUUGAUGCCCCUUGGAAUAAUCAGCAUGAGCAGCCCCCUUGGGGUGGUGGUCAAAGGGAACCACCCUUUCGGAUGCAGCGACCACCCCACUUCCGGGGACCAUUCCCUCCCCAUCAGCAACAUCCACAGUUCAACCAGCCUCCUCACCCCCACAAUUUCAACCGCUUCCCACCACGAUUCAUGCAGGAAGAUUUCCCCCCUCGACAUCCAUUUGAGAGACCCCCAUACCCUCAUCGUUUUGAUUACCCUCAAGGAGAUUUUCCUGCUGAGAUGGGACCUCCUCAUCACCAUCCUGGCCACCGAUUGCCUCAUCCUGGGAUCAACGAACAUCCCCCAUGGGGUGGACCCCAGCACCCAGACUUUGGGCCUCCCCCUCAUGGCUUCAAUGGCCAGCCUCCUCACAUGCGAAGGCAGGGGCCUCCUCACAUGAAUCAUGAUGACCCCAGCUUGGUCCCCAACGUCCCAUACUUUGACCUACCUGCUGGACUGAUGGCUCCUCUUGUGAAGCUAGAAGAUCAUGAGUAUAAGCCUUUGGAUCCAAAAGACAUACGUCUUCCACCCCCCAUGCCUCCCAGCGAGAGGCUCUUGGCAGCAGUGGAGGCAUUUUAUAGUCCUCCAUCCCAUGAUAGACCUAGAAACAGUGAAGGCUGGGAACAGAAUGGGCUGUAUGAGUUCUUCAGAGCAAAAAUGAGAGCCAGGAGGAGAAAAGGGCAGGAAAAGAGAAACAGUGGACCUUCUAGAUCUCGUAGCAGGUCUAAGAGUAGAGGUCGUUCUUCAUCACGAUCCAAUUCAAGAUCUUCCAAAUCAUCUGGUUCAUACUCAAGGUCACGUUCUCGCUCCUGUUCUCGUUCAUAUUCACGAUCCCGGUCUAGGAGCAGAAGCCGGUCCCGUUCUUCACGCAGCAGGUCACGGUCAAGGUCCAGGUCCAGGUCAAAAUCUUACUCCCCGGGAAGAAGGCGUCGAUCCCGAUCUCGGAGUCCUACUCCCCCUUCCUCAGCUGGUUUGGGCUCUAAUUCAGCACCACCUAUACCUGAUUCAAGACUUGGAGAAGAAAAUAAAGGACAUCAAAUGUUGGUGAAAAUGGGAUGGAGUGGAUCAGGUGGCCUGGGAGUGAAGGAACAAGGCAUUCAGGACCCGAUAAAAGGGGGGGAUAUCAGAGAUAAAUGGGAUCAGUACAAGGGAGUGGGAGUUGCUUUGGAUGAUCCAUAUGAAAACUACCGCAGAAACAAAAGUUAUUCGUUCAUUGCACGUAUGAAAGCCAGGGAUGAAUGUAAGUAAAUUGGUUGAGUUUCUCCACUAAGAGAGCAGGGCUCUCAUGUUGCCUAGGCUACAUGGCUAAAAUUUAACAUGGAAGAUUCAAAAGUUAAAACUUUUUUGUUGUUGUUGUUGUUGAAAACUGUCUUUUUUGAAUUUUGUUAAUCUUUUUUGGAAAAGUUUUGCUAUAAGUAAAAUCACUUCUUUGUUGUCUACCUGCUGCGUAGCCUUUUCUGUCCUUUGUUAGAAAUUUUAAUCCUAAAUUGAUACUUGGUAUGGAAGUCAGGAUCAUAGUAACAACUUGGUUUUAUCAAGGUUUACUUCUCUGAGAAAGUGACAGGAAAUGAAAUGGGAAGAUCAUGGCAUGUAAUACUGACAAAGCCCCGCACCUGAAUAUAAUGGAAACUGCAUCCUUAUGCUCAUCUGUGAUUUGAAUGCUUAAUAUCAAAAAAUUUCAAAAGAAAAAGGAUAUGGAAGCCCUUACAACUAUCUUCACCAUUUACACAUGAACUUUUGUCCUUUCCAGUGAAGUGUGAAAUCCAGGAUCCUCCACUCCCUGAAUAGGAAUCCUUGAAAUCUGAAGAAAUGGAUGUCUUGCACCUUCUUUAAAUCAAAUUUGAGCAUCUUACAUAAGCCAAGACUAGUAUCUUGAGGAAAAGACAUUAAGUGAUUGCCAUUUAGCCAACAAGGAAAUAGAUCAAAAGCCAGGAUGUGCUUUACCCUACCUUAAAAUUAUUGGUUGUGUAGUAAUAAAAACUAAGGCUAGACUUUACUACACAAUAUUUAAAGUAAGAACUUUUUGUUUCGAAGAUGACCUGCAUUUUUUUAAAAAUACCAUUUAAUUUAGUUUUAGUCAAAUGUAUAUUUAUCUAAGACUUUCCCUAAUAGAGAUCAUUCAAAGCCUAAUUCCUCUAGGAUACACUGACACUUAGGAUUAAGUUUAUAUUUUUCUCAAAUGUUAGCCAUUUGAAAUGGAGGAGGGAGCAAACUGAUAUGAGGACAUAGGGCUAAAGCAUCUUCCUGUUUUAGAGAUGCUGACCUUUGAAAAAGCUAUAUGUACUUAAUGUUUUUAUUUAUAGGAGGACCUGAACACCAGCACCUGUGUGCUCACAGCCCACUCACACUCUGUCUUGGGCAUCUAAGCAAAGUUAAACAUUUUACAGCUCUGUGUAUUCAUCAUUUUUAUGUUGAAACCAAAAUAGCAAGGGGAGUUGGAAGAGGAAUAAAAGUAUAAAUUAUCAUUGUGAGGCAUUACUGGAAACCCCAAGAGCAGUUUUCUUUUUCUGGACAUUAUCUAAACACCCUAAAAAGUAUGUGACAACAACAUACAGAGCUGAGUGCUGUGGGCACUUUGGUGUAGUGCCAUCUGUUGUACAGUUAACAACUUUGGAACUUUUGUUUUAAAAGAUGCAGAAAUCUCUCCCAAACUCUUUGACCCAAGGUGAUGAAAUAUUUGAUUCUGUUCUAGAUUUCCUGUAGCUGUGAAACUAUACAACUGUGUCUGAUUCAGAAUAAAAUGUCAACGUGUGAUGUUACAAAUUUCUUGUGGAUUUUACUGUUUUGCCUUCAAAUAAAGACUUUUUAUAAAGAAA